GACGGGGGUGGGGGUUGCUCUUCCCGUUGUGCUCUUGUGUCCUGCGCGUCCUACUUUCCCCCUUACACAGUCCUAAAAGGUGACGGCUUGGUAGUGUGGUUGUUGGUCUGCGCUAGAAUCGAGACCAGCCUCUUUGAUUGACUGUAUCCCACAGAGUGGUUGGAGUGGAAAGCAGCAUUUCCUUGCAAAGAGUGUGUUGUAUGAGCACGGGUCCUUGAUUAUAGUCAUAUCCUCUUUAUUAUAUCCUCUUUAUUAUUUUCACAAAUAAUUCAAGUCGGCGAACAUAUGCAACACCUCUUCCUCCUUCCAUUUUUCUCACCACGACAACCCUGUGAGAAUCACCCUUAACUUCCUUACGACGAGCCUUAAAUUCUUCUUAAAAUGUCUGUCAGUAGUAAAAUAACUCAACUAAUUAAUAAAGUACCUGGAAAGAAACGGUUUGGUAUAUACAGAUUUCUUCCUUUCUACUUCAUUCUCGGUGGUGCUAUGGAAUGGUUUAUGAUUAAUGUUCCAAUUGGCAACCAGACCUUUUAUGAUGUUUACCGUAGAAAAGAGGCUGAGAAAUAUUACCAGAAAUUGGAAGAAAAGUGAAUUCAACACUGAACUGUCUGUACAUAAUGGAUUCUAAACUAAUAAAUGAAACUAAGUUUCAAAGUUUGCUUAAAAUACGAAUACCGGCUGCAUUUUGUUCAGAAAAAAAUAUUUUUGUUAAUCUGUCUUGUUUCAAAUAAAAAAUAAUUAUGUGCUUUGGUGAACUCAAAUGCCAUCAAGUUGGUACUGUAUUGAUUUAAGUGACCACAUAAAUUAUCUCUAAGUGUUAUCUGUCCCUAUCCUGAUCCUUCAGGGCUUUCAGUGGUGCACUCUGCUGCUGUAAUUGAAAUAUUCAGACCUUAAGGUAAAAAUUUCCUGCCUAGUUAUUUCCAACUCUAGAGGGCGGGACUCAUCUCCGUUUCUUAGUCGAAGGAGCCAACAUUGUGCAAAGAUAUUUCUGUGGUCAUGUGGCCAGCAUGAUUACAACUCAGACCUACUCAUAUAUUAAAUAACCGUAAGACUGAUUACCUGUUUCAUUUUAGAAAAUGAUGUUUUAGAAAUUGUUGCUUUGUGACCCAUUUCAUUAUUGGUUUAUCAUUUUUUGUGUAAAUAUACACAAUCACAUGUUUAUA